AUUGAACAAUGAUGUGGUUAACUUGUGGAAAAAUAAAGAUAAUGAAAUGGAUUAUUUUUACUCUACUCAUAAUAAUAAAUUUAGAUAUUCUUUUAAACAUAUCUUAUAGUCGACAACUGAGUAAAAAAUCAACUAUGCAACUCCAGGAUUUCACGAAAGAAACAACAACACUGUCUUUUCCACAAAUGGUCAUGGAAAAUAGUGAAAACUGUACAAACCUUACAGAAGACAAAGAUAUGAUCAUGGAUCUUUUCGAAGAAAUUGAAAUAUCUGUUCUGUGUGACCACUUAGAAAGUAAAGUCAGUGCGAAAAAACUGAUUUUAUUAAAUAUCAGCGUCUCAGACAGCACAUUAUAUGCUCGUGUUCGAUUGCACAUCGAAAAAGGUGAAUGUACAAAUCAAACUAUUUUCACCAAAUGGGUAAAUUACAGUGUAGGUCUUGGAGUGAAUAAACUACGUUAUACAAUUGAUUCGUUUAUUUAUGAUCAGUUACGUCUAAAUGAAGCGUAUGAGAAAAUUGAACCAAAAAAUUAUACUCCUGUCAGUUCUAUGAAAUCUGUCAACUUCAACAUUAUACGCUCAUUACCGAACAUUUUAAUUGAUAAAUACUUAUUGAAAGUAUGCAUCAUGGAACAGAAUUGUCUUCAUUGGAUAGACAGAUCUAGACCAUGUGGAUUACAAGACGUCAGAAAAUUAUUUAGACCGAAAGAUUAUCCAUUGAUAAGUGGGUGGAAUGAAUCAGGUGGCUGGUCAUUGUUUCAGUCGUUUAUCGAAACACUCUGUGAUGGAAACUGUUCGCUUUCCCGAAAUAAGAACGGAAAAGGAUUGCAGAUUAUACAUUCUGCGUGGUUUAUCCCUUGUAAGAGUUGUAAUCAUAUAUCAAAUGAAAUAAAUUGUGAUUGGUCAAAUGCACUAUGGUAUGAACCUAAUAAUCCAAUCUAUCCCUGUUUAUACAAUAAAAAAAAAAUUCAAAAUGAUAAAAUUCUAAUAACAACCUACUUAAGAAGCCGUAUACUUCUUUUUUUGGGUGAUUCAACUUUACGGGCUUUAAUGUAUUCAUUACUGUAUCGUAUAAACAAAACACUAUUCCAUGUUCAAGAAACACAUGAUCAAAUAACGCUAAUUAACAGUGCAACAAUAACUACACGAUUUACAUAUUUCCCAGAUUAUUCAAUAAAAUCACAAUUAAAUAAUAAAAAUAAAAGAAAUUCAUUCAACGGCUUAUUAAAAUCACUUUUUAUGUUUAACCAAACAUUCAAUGAAGCUUUGUUGUUCGUGGGUGGUGUACGAUGGUUAAAUUCUUACCAUUUAAAGGCAAUACAAGUAUUUAUCGAUAAGCAGUAGGUUAUUUUCGCUCUGUACUAUUCAUACAACUAACUGAUGUUUAAGAUGUGGUACAAUCGAUUGUGGCUGAAAAAAUAUCUAUCUAAAUGAAAUUAUUUACUGUCUAAAGGUUAACAAUAAUUGCUGAAAAUACCCCCAUUUUAUAUUACUUUUCAUCCAAGUAAGCUAUUAGAAUAUUUGACCAGUCAAACAUUACUAAUUCAUUGUUUGUAAAACAAAGUGAAAUUGCAAGUACUUUGCCAGAGAUAUAUAACUCUAAAGUGAGCAGACAAUGACUGACCAUUGAAUAGCAAUUAAUAUCACGUUCGUCGUGUCCUUAGUGUUGAUAAAUCCCUUUCAACUGAGUUUCAAUAAGGCAUCGUAGACUGUCACUUCGGAUGACGUGGAUUCGAAUACUGAGGGAAGCAGUAGUUUCCUUAGAAUGGAAGUUAUGGCCUGAUUUAGAGUGACGGUUAAUAAAUAAUAAUAAUAAAUAAUUUUCUCAUUGAUUAUCUCCGAAACAUUUAACAUUGUGAAAAUAUAAUUUAUUUAUUGGCCUCCAGAAAACGCUUUAAGACCAGGACAUUUUACGGACAUUUAAACUGUCGAUCAUGAAAACUUAGUGUGUGACUGGCAGUUUCGUAAGUUUCGGUGAUUUCGUGUAGGUUUUUUUCUCAUUGAUGGUAAGGUCAACUUAGUACCGUUUACGGGUAAAUUAGUAAAGAUUUGCCUGUUGAUAUGCUUUUUGUAGCACACCGUGUUUCUAAAAUGAUUUUAGAUUUCUUAGAAUUUCCUGAUGGGUGGGACCAUAAUUUAUAGACGAACAAUCAGGUAUACGAUAGCAGGUCUCGGAUUUUGGCGCGAAAUUUGCUUAUCCAUUUGGCUCAAUAGCGUUUUGACCUUAAAACUGAUGUCAGUUCGUGAUGAAAACCCUAAAUCUAAUCCCUAAUCUUGACCAUCAACUGUAAACCUUAGUUCUAAUUACUCACACUGGUUUAUAACCCUCAUUUAACACUAGUUCUUAGAUCAUUUUAGCGUCGCUCAAAGGUCGUCCGUUAAUUAAAGUCUCACCAUCUGAAAUGAGAAUUUUGACUGUUACUUAGAAAUUUCAUCUCUAUUGUCGUUUUUAGACGUUGAUCUGAGUAGUAAGACAUAAUGUCAGUUCAUAGCUGACUAAACGUAAAAAAAGUCAAAAAGUUGUUUUUGGAAUUAAGUUUUAGAAGGUCAUACAAACCCAUCCCUAAUUAUCUGUUUCAUACGCUUACUAAUAUUGAUUAAUCAUGAGACCAUUUUGAUUUCUGUGUCAUUUGACAAAACUACAAUUUAUAUCAUAUGAUAUAAAUUUAUUAUGAAGUAUUCCACUUUGAAAAGAGGCUUUUAUGAAAUGACGUAUUUCAUAAAUGGUAUCUAUGGAUUUUGAUUCAAAAAUAUUGUCAAAACAACAAACACAUUACUUAUUUUACGGUUUAAAUGACGAGAUGAUCUUCAACACACAUUGAAAAUCAGGAAAAGUUGGAUUGUUGUUUAAUCCUUGUAUCGAACUCAGUAGUGUACAACUAUGACCGCAUCAAUAAACAUACCAAGGACAGUUAGGUGUCGAUGUACCCGCUUAACCUUUACACCACUGAAUCAGCAGCUCAUAGUUUACAUUUCUAAUAUUAAUUAAUUCGCAACAUUACGCUAUCUUUCUUUAAUGGUACUGAAAAAUAUUUCGUUCCGUCAAAGUGUAUAUCAAAGAUUAUUCUGCUGGUUUUCACACACCCGUUGAUGGUUUGCCGUUUGUAAACUGGUCGAGACGAAUGCAUGAACAUA